GAAAAAAGGAGCGCGGGCGGUGCGCGGAAGAGUUUUGUUCACUUCUGGACCUGGCGGGCCGAUGAUUGGCCGACGCGGGCCGUCUAUGGUUCCGGAUGUCGUGCCGCGUCCCACCUGCCCUCGUCACAGGCGGGGCAGCGCGCGGGCACAUGCAACCCGACUUCGGCCCCAAAACCUCCUCCGCCUGAAAACUUCAUAUCGCACGGAGCCGCCCGGUGCACUGCUCGUUUCUCUGUACACAUCCACUCACAAUGGCGGAGAACCAGAAGAUCGCUAUCUUGAGCGUUUUUAACAAGACUGGCCUGCUCGAUUUGGCAAAGGGCCUGGUCAAGAACAAUGUCAGGGUUCUGGCUUCUGGCGGUACCGCCAAGAUGAUCAGGGAGGCCGGUUUCCCGGUUGAGGACAUUUCCGCCAUUACCAAGGCCCCUGAGAUGCUUGGUGGCCGUGUCAAGACUCUCCACCCUGCUGUCCAUGGGGGAUUGCUCGCCCGGGAGGUCCCGUCCGACCAGCAGGACUUGGCCGACCAGAACAUCAAGAAGAUUGACUUCUGUAUCUGCAACCUGUACCCUUUCCAGGAGACCGUCUCUAAGAUCAACGUGACGAUUCCCGAGGCCGUCGAGGACAUUGACAUUGGCGGUGUCACCCUUCUCCGUGCUGCGGCGAAGAACCACAGCCGUGUCACCAUUCUCAGCGACCCCGAGGACUACCAUGACUUCCUCACUGAGCUUGAGCAGAAGGGCGAGAUUUCCGAGCAGAAGCGCCAGCUCUAUGCUCUGAAGGCUUUCUCUCACACUGCCGACUACGACACCGCCAUCUCGGACUUCUUCCGUAAGCAGUAUGCCGGUGACGGUCUCCAGCAGGCCUCCCUCCGCUAUGGCACCAACCCCCACCAGAAGCCUGCCGCGGCAUUCAACCGCUACGGUCCUCUGCCCUUCAAGGUUCUUGGUGGCGCUCCCGGUUACGUCAACCUUCUGGAUGCUCUCAACGCGUGGCCCCUCGUGAAGGAGCUCAAGACUGCCUGUGAUCUGCCUGCUGCUGCUUCCUUCAAGCACGUCUCCCCCGCCGGUGCCGCGAUCGGUGUACCCCUCUCCGAGGCCGAGCGUAAGGUCUACAUGGUCGAUGACAUUGAGGGCAUCGAGAAGUCUGGCCUUGCCCAGGCUUACGCCAGGGCCCGUGGUGCGGACCGCAUGUCCAGCUUCGGUGACAUGAUUGCUGUUUCUGACGUUGUCGACCUCCCCACCGCCAAGAUCAUCUCUCGUGAGGUGUCUGACGGUAUCAUUGCCCCCGGCUAUGACCAGGAUGCGCUUGAGAUUCUCAAGAAGAAGAAGGGCGGCAAGUACCUUGUCUUGCAGAUGGACCCCGAGUUCGAGCCUCCCGCGAUGGAGACGCGCACUGUCUACGGCGUCAACCUGACGCAGCACCGCAACGAUGCCAAGAUCACGCCCGCCACCUUCGGCACCAUCAUCACCCCCAAGGACACCACCCUCCCUGAGUCGGCGCUUCGUGACCUCACCGUCGCGACCAUCGCCCUCAAGUACACGCAGUCGAACUCGGUCUGCUACGCCCUGAACGGCCAGGUCAUUGGUCUGGGUGCGGGCCAGCAGUCGCGCAUCCACUGCACGCGUCUGGCGGGCGACAAGGCGGACAACUGGUGGAUGCGCUUCCACGAGCGCACGCUCAACCUCAAGUUCAAGAAGGGCACCAAGCGCCCCGAGAAGAGCAACGCCAUCGACCUGCUGUGCUCGGGCUCGGUGCCCAAGUCGGGUAUUGAGCGUGACGACUUUGACCGCACCUUCGAGGAGGUGCCGCAGAUCUUCACGGCCGAGGAGCGCGAGGCCUGGCUCAGCAAGCUGAGCGAGGUUGCCGUCAGCAGCGACGCUUUCUUCCCCUUCAUCGACAACGUCUUCCGCGCCAGCCGCUCGGGCGUCAAGUACAUUGCGGCGCCGUCGGGCUCGCAGAACGACCCAUCCGUCUUCUCGACCGCCGAGAAGCUGGGCAUCACGUUCGUCGAGCAGCACAUCCGUCUCUUCCACCACUAAAGGCUGGGAGUGCGUGACGAAGCAGAGAUGAGGGAAAAGCUCGCGUCUGGCGAGAGCGGGCUCGAGAGUCUUUGGGUUUAUAGGGCGUUCUUUUUAACAAUUAUGGCUACCGUGUGAUGAGUCCAACGUAUAUGAUAGGAAAAUAUGACGAUAGGAAUAGACGACGACGGCAAAUCAACUUUGCUAUUACUUUGAGAUUUUUUUGGUUUCUGG